AAAUUAAAUAAUACAAGAUUUCCUUUAUUAUCUAUUUUAGCGCAGUAUUAUUUAAUAAUUCUUGCUAUAUCUACUGCUAUAAAGAGUGUUUUUUCUAUUUUUAAUAAUAUUAUAACUAAAUCAAGAAAUAGGCUUAAUCCUAGCUUAGUUAAGGAAAUAAUAUUAUUAAAAAGCUAG